AUGAACAUCCUCACCAACCCCCUCUACCGUCCCCUCCUCGAGAUCCUCCGAGCCGCCCGCAACGGCAUAGUCUACGGGGGAAAGCUCCGGUUCUCGCACGCUUUGGUCAUCAGUCUUCUCUACCGAUCAGGCCCGCUAGCUCCACGGCUCAAGCAGGUGUUGGAAGCCACCAAGAACCACGCGGAGGUGUUGGCGUCGUUCGCCAUCAUCUACAAGGCGUGCUGCAAGAUCUUUGCCCACGAAGCGUUGCUUGGGCCCAAAAACUUGCCGUUGAUCAAAUUCGUGGCUGGCUCCAUUGGCUCGUGGAUUGUGUACUCCCAGCACUUUGACCUCUUCCACUCGGGAAUCACCCACCAGAUCACCUUGUACUGCUUUUCGAGAGUUAUGAUUGCGUGUGGCAAGAUGUUGCUUGACCAGUACCUCAGCUGCGCCCAGCCCAAGUUCAGAAACUACGCAGGCGACGCCAUCCUCUACAAGGAUCUCACUGCCAACCAGCAGAAGAAGUUGAAGUCUAGUGUGUACAACAAGUCGUGGAAGUACUUUGCCAUUCUUACCUGGGGUUUGGUCAUGUUGAUCUACGACAUCCAGCCUCAAUACUUGCAGAGCAGUUUGAGACAUAGCAUGGCGUACAUUUAUGACGUGGAGAUGGAGACCUGGAGCAACUGGCGCGAGUUCUUGGGCUUCUAA